CUCCCAGCACGCACCGGGGGGGCACGAGCGGGUGCGUGGGAGUGGCGCCGCGCAGUGCAAGCUGGGAGCUGUAGUUGUCCCCGGAGGCGGUGCCGUGCCGGAGCCGCCAUGCCGGAGGGGACGGGAGCGCUGCGGGAGGUGCUGCCCAAGCAAGGGCAGCUGUCGGUGGAGGACACGGCCGCCAUGGUGCUGUGUAAGCCCAAGAUCCUGCCCCUCAAGUCGGUGUCGCUGGAGAAGCUGGAGAAGCUGCAGAAGGCGGUGCUGGACGCGGCCCAGCCGCCCGAGGCGGCCCCGCCGCCGUCCGCGGGGGCCGCGCCGCCCCGGCAGUAGCGCGGGCAGGGUCGUGCCCGGCCCCCGCGCUCGGAGGUACCGCUGUGGAACGGGGCUGCGGAUUAAAGCGUGGCCUGGACGGGGCGGUGGUGCCGGCUGGGCGGGGAGGCCGCGCGUCGGGCGCUGGUGGUGUAGAAGUUGCGCUGCCCAGGCGCUGCUUUAAACGCGUCUUCAGAGGUACCAGGAAAGCAGAGCGGGAGGAGGCGAGCUCCACAAGCCCCUGCUCCAAGCCGGGCUUACCAGACCCGCUCGAGCACUGAAGCGCUUGGCUCCUAGAGCACAGCAUAUUCCCGGCCCUGGAAUGGCUAUUCCCAGCAUUCUGGAACACCUGAAAUCUUGACGUGGAACUGAAAAAACAAAGGAGAGGCUCUACCGAGUUCCUGUAAGCGAGUCAUCCUUAGAUCCAUCUUCUUCUUGAGCAAGGGCUGCACGAAGCUCUGCUGCAAAGACACGUUCACAGGAUCUGUGCCAGCGUGGACGCUCCUACGCAAGUCAGUUGUGUUUUCCAAAACAGAUCUGGUAAAUACUCACUUGCCAUGAGUUUAAUUACUCUGUGCUCUGCUCCUGACUGCAAUACCAAAGGGCAGCAUUAGAUGUACUGCUUAAUUUAUUCUGUUUAAAAUAAAUAAAAAGGAGGCACAAACAAGA